AUGCAGGAUUUCUUCGUCGGUGCCGCCGCCGUUAUUGCUGCCGCCGCCGCCGCGGCCGCCGUUGCCGGCGCCGCUUCCCUUUUCGCCGCUCCUGCCGCCGCCGUUGCCGCCCUCAUCGCCAGGAAAUACUACAUUAUGCUGAAUUUUUUCGACGGUGCUGCCGCCGUUGCCACUGUCGCCGCCGCCGUCGCCAGGAAAUACUGUACGUUACUCCUAUUUUAUUCAAAGAUAAGUUUGAGAGACAUUAUGCUGAAUUCCUUCGUCGGUACCGCCGCCGUUGCAGAUGCCGCCGCCCCUUUCGCCGCCGUCGCCGUCGCCUUCGCAACGGGUGCGGCUGCUGCCGCCGCCGUUGUCGCCCCCAUCACCAGGAAAUACUAUCCACAGAAUGACAAUAUGCUAAAUUUCCUCGCCGCUGUUGCCGCCCUCGCUGCUUACGCCGCCGCCGCCGUUGUCGACUUAGUUGCCGGCACAGACGCCUCUUUUGUCAGCAGUUUCGCUGCUGGUGCCGCCAUUGUCGCCGGUGCCACUGCUGUCGCCGCCGGUCACGUCCUCUUCCCCAGGAAAAACGUUGAGAAACGAAAGAAAAUGAUUGCAGAAUUGGAAAUAGAAACGAUGAGACAAACGCAAGUAAAGAAAUUGGAAAUAUCUACAGACAUGGCGCAGGCACAAGUCGCCAAACAAUGUCAUGAUUACGAUAAAGGAUCUACUUCGGUUGAACGUGAGCAAGUUUCGUUUGAAAACAGGAAUUUGAAAUACAUGUAUGACGCUUGUGAAUCGGGAGACAAAGACAAAUGUUUUGCAACUCAUGAAAAGUUCCCAGCUUUAUUAACAAAGAACAGUAGCGAAUGUCUUCUUCGCAUUGCUAAAUCUGGAAAUAAGGAUUGCUUUAUCGCUGUAGAAUCUGUGUUGCUCGAAAAACUAGGAGAGGAGCGUCAACAAUACAUUGCUAAUAUUGUAGAUGCGGAUAACGAAUCCAUGCUUCACAAGGCUUGUCGUUCUGGAAGUAGAGACAUGUAUUCAUACCUCUGUAAUACAUAUCCAUCUCUUGUUGCUUCUACAGACACCUCUACUCUCCUUCAGUUAACAUGUGAGCUAAACAAGGCUGACAUUAUGAGUUUACUCCUACCUUCCGUGAAAGAUGAGAAUGAUAUUGGCAAGUGCCUUACGCAGUAUACGUUGGAUGACCGUUGUAAAAAAGCUGUUGCUUUGGAGCUAAAACAGCGAUUAGCGGACAAAGUGAAAUUACAAGGUUCCUAUAGAAUUGAGCCAACAUUCAACAGUGUAGGAGAAGUGGUAUUCCUGGCUUAUGGAUCAAACGUUGUUCGUGGAAGAGUGGAGCAGUUCGCGGGGAUGAUAGUAUUAUUCAGAAACCCCAAAAACGUCAACGAUGAAGGAACUCGAGUAGCAAAUAGUGCGGAAAUGAGGUCAUUGGAAACAAACAACAGCAAGGGCAUUACAUAUGCUGCUUAUAAAGCAAUUGAGAUGCAUGGCACGCGUCUGAUGCAAUCACAUUCGAACAUCAAUGCCUUGGGAGUCUCGCAUUUGAAGUCCAGAAAAGAAGGCAAAGACUUGAAGCUGGCAGAAACAGCCCUUGUAGUUAUAUAUUGUAGCUCAAAAGGAUUAAGGCCAAUACAGGAAGAUGUAUUUCCGCAUCAGCUUUUGGUUGAUGGUAUUGCCGUUUUUACAGAUGUACGUAAAGGAUUCUUUGAAAUCGCACCACGUACCUAUUCAGCAAUACCAAGCUCACAUUUCCAUCCUAAACUAAAGAUGGGAUGCGAAUGCGACGUUGAAGAGGAUGGACAAAGUAGGGGUGGAACUAUUGGUCCGUUUGUGAAAAUACACAGCAGAAAGGAUGGUGUUCUCGACGGAUUUUUGACAUGCGCACAUGUUGCUUAUGGAUUCAAGGAAGUAGAAGAUAGUUAUAGCUAUGAUGAAAUCAACACUCCAACUCAACUGCAAGUCAACCAGCCUGCACUGAAUACCUUCAUGCCCUCAAAAAGCAUCAAUAUUGAUUCAAAGUGUGGUAGGACCUAUCGCGGCACAUACGGUGUAACAGUAGAUGGUGUGACUGUAGAUGCCGCAGUAGUAGCCGUCGAGAAUGACAGAAUGCCGUCAGGGGGAGAGUUCGCUUUUGUCCGAUAUAACCAGCUCGCUGAAAUAGGUUUCAAGACAUUUCCUGUAUUUGAUUCUGCUGACCAGGCAGAGCCAACAGCGAUAAUGAAUGAAGAGAUAGUAAAGUUCGGAGCUAUAACACACGCAACAAAAGGAGUGUAUGUAUCACUUGUCCACGUGAGAGAACCCAUUUCAGUAAGAAGAGCCGGACUUACUGGAUUGACAGACAGGCGUUUUGAAAUGAAAGGACAGCUUGAAAUCAGUAGUUGUGUGUCAAACGAGCCUUUCUUUGCUCUAGGUGAUUCUGGUUCAGGCGUGUUCGUCAAAAGAGGUGAUGACCUUCGGUGUUUGGGACUUGGUAUCGGCUGUUUGUCAAAUGGUUCGGCGGUUGUAACGCCAAUUAAACCGAUUCUCAAAGCACUCGGUGUCGAGCUAAUGCGCUUUACUGAGCCUGUGGACGACAGUCAGUGAUGGAGAUCAUUAAGACUGGAGUGCAUUGGGACGGAACAACCACUAACAGUGUAUCACUAAAUUAAAUCAGGACAGCAAUUGGAACAGGUGAGAGAACGUUGAGACGCUUGUUAAAUUGUACAGAUAUAAACGUACAUAACGUAACACCAGCGUUAGAGAGGUCUGCAAUGCGAUACAUAUAUUGAUUAUUUGCGCUGUAAAAUUUUAAUGAGAGAGAUUAUACAUGAAACCAUCUGGAUGAUUCGGUUUUGUUAUUCAACGAAAGCAUCAGAAAUACUUGAAGAGAGCUAUAAUGUCUUUUACAGAUGUUUAAUUUAUAGUUUGUAUACAUAAUAAGUAUUAAGUUGUUGUCUAUGUGUAUUUGUUAUUAAGAAACAAUAUUUUUAAAUCUGAGACGCAUCACAUCUGUGAUUUUGAAUUUUCUCUUGUGUUUUUAAUUGUCUUUUUUCAUGUUUGGGAUAAAUGUGUUUUGCAUAACAUAGUGUGUCGUGUACUAUUAUUAAUAACUCUACAUAGGUACAAUUAAUUCGCAAUCCGGAGCUCUCUACAAAUAUCGAUGUGUAAGUCCUGCAGAACUUGGAGAGACGGGUAUGGGGAUUUUUGCACCAUGUUAUCCUUGAACAAAAUUGUUUUAUAUGUUACUACUUCAAUACCAAUUUGUAUGCUGGUCUGAGCUGGUCUGCUGACCAAACAAGUAAAAGCCUAGUGUUUUGCUAAAAUAAUUCGAUGUUUGGCAAACAGUGGUAAAAUCAUUAAAGUAACAAAAAUGUAAACAAAGGCCUUGAUACAUAUGAAAAUUGAAUUAACAAAAUUGUUACAUACGUAUUAAAAAGUACAGGUUUUAUUUUUAAUAUUUCUAUAUUUGUAGAAUUGUUUAGUCUAUAAAUACUGGAUAGUUACACAGUUUGAAAUACACAUUGAUCUGCAUGUAGUGUAACUAAUUUUGACUCAUGAUGCCGUCACAUUAACAUCUUCGAUAUCUCAAGACAUUACGCUCUCUUACCUUUCCUGACUUCUGGAAUACGUCAUGACGACAUACAAGACCUUAUAAAUGGUAGAAAUAAAGAAGUCUGAUCUCUUGAUUGACAUCAAAAGAAUCGGACGGCACCGGUACGGUAACAGUGGCCGGCUAUAUAGUCGGGUAUCAACUUUUAAGGACAGUGACACCAAUCAAUAAGCUAAAGCUUGCUUUUGAUUCGUCAUGAUUUAUUCAAGAGUACAUAAGUGGAUGUGACCUCUAGAAUUUCGAGAAUUCACCAAAAAAGUCUACAAAGACGCGUUUCCUGACGCUUGGUGUAGAUGUCGAUGAUGAUAGCUAGGUAUGGUAAUUUGUAAAACAAAACGAAUUACAGUAUCAAGGAAUCAAUAGGGUUCAGCUGUACAAUUGCUUACGGGAACCUUUCUGAAGUCUGAGUAGCCAUGAUUACAGAUGUUCAAAUUCAAAAAUUCAAGAAUACAUUUUUUCAUAAAAGUGUAAAUGACAGAAAAGCAAACAACAAAUAUUCGCUUCUUUUUUUAAAGAAGAAAUUUAGAUAUCAGUUUGAAGACACUGAACUGGUUUCAUCACCAUACGAUAUAUAAAUAUAUGGGGGGGGGGGGGUCUUUGUUUCUUUGUAGGCUCUUUUCAAACAUAUAUUCCGGUUGUUGUUUUUUUAAUUUUCGUGGUUAUAUAAUACAAAGUCGUGUAUGCUAAGUGUUCUCAAUUUUCGUUGAGGAACGUUAGUGUGAAUGUAUUCCCUUUUUACUGUCAUAUGGUUUUGCAAUAUGUAUAAGUAUUAUAAAGUAUUAUGAUAUAUUUAUUGAUUUAGCAGAUGAUUUGUUUUCUGUUUUCUAAUGUGUUAAACUUUAAACUUUAAAGUGUAGAGUCAGCAAAAUAUGAAGUCAUAGCUAUCUAACGGAGAGGCGUAAAAAUACGCUUAAACGCGUUAUUAUGGCCUGGUUUCCAAUUGCUGAUAUAAAUCAGAAAAUGUCUACUCUGCCAGUUCAUCUGAAUUCCCAACUGGUUCUGGGUGGUAAACCGUCACGCUGUAAAGUGCAUUCGAAAUUUACCUAUACACUCGGGGUAAUAUUGCCUGGUAAGAUAUGAAAUAUAACGGUUUUUUUUGUGAAUAAAUAUAGUAGUAUAUAAGCAGUCCUGAUAAAUUGAUUUAUUUAUUUUUUCUUUUAAAGUAUGUGUUUCCACUUUUAUUUUUUUUUAAUUUUGUAUAUAUGAGUUUUUUUAGUUUUUUUUUUAAAUCCAGUUUGUUUGGUGUAUUUUGUCUAUGAUUCUAUAGCGCUAACAUCUCAAUCAUUUUCUUAAACCUCAAAUUCAUCACUUAUGAAUAAACAGUUUUUCUGAUGAAUUUAUUUCAACAUGAAUAAUAUUAUCUCAUACAUAUAUGAACUAAAACAAUUUUUUAUCAUCAACAUUUUACUUCUAGCGAAUUAACAUAUGACCGAAAAAUGAUUUCAAUAUUUACAAAUAUUUUCGAUCAUGAAGUGUUUUUCUUGAAUAGGCUUACAAAAUAAUAACAAAAGUUGUACGUACACGAUUGGGGUCCUGAUUUCAAUAAAACAAAAAAAGAGUAAUUUCUCAUAUGUUUAUUAAAUACAACGUGAAAAAGUUAUUAAUAGUAUCAGAAAUUGUACAUGCAUCAAUUAUUUUCAAAACCUGAUGCUGCAACAGAUACAAACAUAUAGUAAACACCUUCAACGUAUUUUUGGUUCAUUAAAUUGUUCCUGGGUUCUAUCUUUUCUAAGUUAUAUUCAGAAUAAAUAAUGGUUUGUUUUUAUGAAUGACGUUGAACUUGAUUAAUGUUUUUGUGUUGGCUUGUUUUGGGGUUCAAAAGGUUUCUGUAGGUUUCGUGCUUAUACUUAUCGAUACAUAGUCUUGUAUUUUAAAUGUUCUGAAUUUUCCGUCGAGGAAUGUUGGUGUGAAUUUAUUCGCUUUUUACCGUCAUAUGGUUUUGCAAUAUGUAUAAGUAUUAGAAAUAAUUAUAUAGCCGAUGAUUUGCUUUCUCUUUUCUAACGUGUUUGGUUUGUUUUGGUAAGAUUUUGUAUAAGUUUAACUUUACCCUGUUAAGUCAGCAAAAUAUGUAGUCAUAGUUAAUUACCGGCGAUAUAUCAAAUUACACUUAAAAGCGUUAUCAUGGCCUAGUUUCCAAUUGCGGAUAUUAAUUAUCUGCAAUCAUAGUGUUAAUAGACUUAGGUGCAUGGAUUUUAACACAUUAUAUAAAGGGGAUAUAACGGGGUCAGACAAUGCUUACCCUGGCAGUACAUCUGAAUUCCCAAUCGAUCCUGAGUGGUCAACUGGCAUGGUGGAUAGUGCAUUCAAAUUUCACCAAGACACUUGGGGUUAUAUUGCCUUGUCAGAUGUGAAAUAUAACGGUUAUUUUGUAAACAAAAUAUAUAAGCUGUCCCGAUAGAUCCAUUAAGUGUUUCCCCCUUUUUUUUCAUUUUUGUAUAUGAAUUGGGUUUUUGUUAUUUAAAUUUUGUGUGUGAUAUUUUUCUAUCUUGCUGUUGCUCUACCUUCUCCAAGAUUUUCGGAAACCACAAACUUAUUACUUAUGAAUAAACGGUGUUUUGUGAUAAUUUUAUUUCAACAUAAAUGAUACAAUCUCAUAUAUAAUAAUAAAAAAAAUAUCAUCAACAUAUUACAUCUAGGGAAUUUAAAAUUUUAAUAUUUACAAUUUAUUUUCAUCUGGUCGCUUUAGUCUCGAAUAUGCUUACGAAAAUACUCGGCAAAACUUGUUCAUCUUUGUUGUACAGCUAGCCAUGCUUUGAACGAUCGGGGUCCUGAUUUCAAUCUAAAAUAAUACAUUUAUCAUAUGUUUAAAAAAAAAAGUAAAAAAGGUGUUAAAUAAUAUCCAAAAUCGUACAUGCAAAAAUUAUUUUCAAAACCUUUUGCUGCAACGGAUACAAACAUGAAGUAAACAACGUUCUCUUUGUUCAUUAAAUUGUUCCUAGGUUAUGACAAUUUGAAAGGUAAAAACUUAUAAUCAAUGCAUACAAUGGAUUGUUUUUGUGAAUGACGUUGAACAUGAAUGUUAAUAUCUGAUAUCAACUAAUCCCUCUCCUGUGAAAUGUAAAUUAAAACAAAUUGUACAAAAAUAAACUAGUUUGCUACAGAU